AUGCCUGAAUUGGUAAGCCGUGUUUCCGCCGCCUCUGUCCGGAAUGCGUCUUGGCCAGAGACACCGGCUCAACAGUUCUUCAAAAAGUACGUUGACACAGUUGAUUCCUAUGGCUUCAACCAUGGGUCUGGUCUACGAUUCUAUUCCAAAGAUGUCAUUUUCCACAACCAGAACAACGCCCAGUACAAUGGUGGGGACGAGAUGUGGGCAUGGAUGAAACGCCUUUUCGGACAAUUUGAAAGACUGCGACACGACUUCCACGGUCUCUGGGAAAUUAACAAUGAAGAUGGUACAACCACUAUAAUUUCCCAGAAUACCCGCAAUAUCUGGCUGCCUGGAAAUAGCACCGAAGAGCCUACUGUCAGUAUUCCACUCAGUUGGAUCUCUCGUAUCGGUCCUGCGGACCUCGGCGAUGCUGUGGAUGGAUUGCAUUUCAAGGAGGUCUGGCUUUACUGGGAUACGGCUUUACUUGCACAAUAUCUCCCAAAGGAGGCUGUUGUUUUCCAAACGCAAAAUGUUUUACACCGGCAGUAA